AAUAUGACGUCAAUUGUAGUCUUGUUUUGAGUUCAUUUGUGGCAAAGUUUUUGUGAAUUAAUUGAAAGACUGAUUGCUUUGAAUUAACUGAAUUGGACUCAAUUGACACUUAAAUUGUCAUCAUUUUAGUAUUUAACAAUUAAUAUAUCAUUAAAAGAGUUAACCAUUUCUUGAAUUAUUUGUCAACAAAGAGAUGACAACAGACGAUAAAACCGAUUCAAAGACCAAUCAAAGUGUCACUCAAACAGAAACUAACGCUACGACAGAAUCGGCCACAAAUGCGACAACCGAUGACAGAAGUGGUGACCAAUUGGUGACAAUUAAUGAAAAGAGUGAUCAAAAUAAGUUGAAAGAAGAGAGUGAAGCAAAAGCAGAUGAACCGCCACAAGACGUCCACAUGAAGAGCGCCGAGUCGUUAGAAAGUAUUUCUACGAGUGAUCUCAAGACGUUAGUUACUGACGGGUCAAAUGAGUCGACCAGUGAAGAGAUGGUUAACUUUAAGUUAGUGUUUAAUAAAACUAAUUACGAUAUAGUUAUGGGAGAGAAGAGAACGGGUCUUGAGUUGAAACAAAAGAUACAAACUCUGACAUCAGUGGCGCCGGCGAUGCAAAAGCUUUUGUUAAAAGGAAUCCCAGUGAAAGACGAACCAACUCUGAAGGAGUGCGGCAUCAAGUCUGGAGUCAAACUUAUGCUCAUCGGGUCUACACUUAAUGAUGUUAUGGCCGUCAACUCGACAACAAAAGAAGACAUUAAAGAAGAAAAGACUCAGACAUCAACUAAAGAAGCAUUUUGUAAACAAAAGCAACACAAAAAAGUGCUCGAAAGGGGUAAACCAGAAGAUGUGAUGCCUGCCUGGAGGAAUGGUAGGGCACCACUACCUCCUGAACCACUCUAUGGAAUGGUGAAUAAAUUUAACAAUAAGGUGCGACUGACAUUCAAAUUGGAGUUGGAUCAGCUCUGGAUCGGUACUAAAGAAAGAACGGACAAAUUGCAAAUGGCUUCCAUUCGAUCAAUUGUUAGCGAACCCAUUGAAGAACAUCCGGAAUACCAUAUAAUGGGUGUCCAAACCGGUCCGACAGAACUAUCAAGAAUUUGGAUUUAUUGGGUUCCGUCGCAAUUCGUCGAUGCCAUUAAAGACACCAUUCUUGGCAAAUGAGUCUAUCUAUUACUUCAUGUUAAUGUAAAUUAUUAUUAAUGUUUAGUAAAUUUAACUAAAUAAUCAUUAUUAUUAUUAUUAAAUUAUAACAUUUGUAUUGCAAUAAAAAAUAAUUUUAUAAUUUUGAC